AUGACUUUGUUUCUUGCAGUGGUUGUUUGCAAAGUUGUAAUUGUAUCUCGCCUGCAUGGAAGCGACUUUCCUUCUUGUGGUAAAGGCAAUAAUUUAAAAACAGCCUGCAGAACAAUUGCUUUCGCCACCACACAGGCGCAGUGGAACGACACCAUUCGCAUCGAUGGCACCGACACAUCACGUGAUCCAUACCCUUGCUCCUCGAUGUUGUCAAACCAGAAUGGAAUAUUCGCCGACAAAAGCUUAUCUUUUAAAAAAUUUGGAAACGCAGAGGUAUAUCUUAAGUGCAGUGCAAAGCAAAUUAUGUUUGAUGGCCGAAAUGCAUCGGGAACGGUUAGUAUUCGGUUCAUGGGGCUUACACUCAUUAACAGUCGGAUCGUUGUCCAGGAAUGUUCACUGUUUGUCGAAAGUUGCGUAUUCAGAGAUGCUAUUUCUUUUCCAAACGCGACGGCCGUCAUUAACUUUCAGUCUUCUGAAGGACAAUUUAUCCUGGCGAUAAAGAGUUCCUUCUUCAAGAACAACAGCUUUCCGUGUGUUCGUGUGGCCGGGAACAGACCCAAGGUCGAAGUUGAAGGCACAGCAUUUUUCAACAAUACUGCUACUUGGGCAAGUCUCACAGGAGCUCCUGUUGCUGUUUUUAUAGUUCUAUUAUCAGCCAAACAGACUACUUUAUCUUCCUUUUCAUCUGUGAAUUUAACCAACACGUUAUUCGUAGGAAACGUUUCUCCUGAAGGAAGCCUUUUGAUCAAAACCAGUUCAGCAAGUUUUGCGAACAGGAAGUCGAGAGGAAUAUACAAAACUAACAAAAAUACUGAAAACGCGACCGCCUCUCCGAUGAUUUACUGCUCUACAAAGCAUUGCAGCAGGCACGAAUCAAGAGCACGUGUUUCUGUGGAAAUUGGUAGCGGAACGUUUUCGCAUAAUGUCGGAGGAGCAAUUACUAAGAGUGGUACCGGUGUCGUGAACAUGUCCAUCAGUAGCUCUGUUUUCCUUAAUAACAGCUCCCCAUUAGUGGGCGGGGCCUUAGUUUUUGAAGAUGCCCAAGAAUUAUCUUUGAAUAUUGUAGAUAGUAAGUUCAUUGGCAACAGCGCCAAGAACGGGGGCUCUGCACUGUAUGCCUUAGGUUUUUCGUCAACAAUGGUGUCGAUUCUUGUUAGAAAUGUCUCAUUUGUGAAGAACGUUUUACAUGCACCUAAGUUUGCCGGGGACUUUCCUAAUGGCGGAGCUUUUACACUUGACCUUGAAGGAGGCCAUUUGAAAGUCCUACUGGAAAAAGUUUCCUUUUUAUUGAACAAAGCUGCAAUGGGGGCCUCAACAUUGCAAAUUGGAGGGUAUAUCCUGAACAUCAUUAUCAAAGAUUGCAAUUUCCUUUGGAACUUUCACGAUGAGCGGUUUUCAUACAACUGGAAGAUAGCAGUCAUUGAGGCCUACCGACUCAACUUUACAAUGAUUAGAACGGCCGUUUCUGGGAAUUAUGCAAGGCCUCGUUCAGAUAACACCACAUUGGCAGGACAGCCGAUACAUUUCCUUGUGGCUGGUUUUUAUACGGCUCAUCUGAACAUCUGUAACUUACAGUACAGGAACAACAAAGGCGGAGGAAUAUUUAUUCUACUAGGGAUGAAUGAACAUAAUGAAAAUUCAACACUUUUGAUGCAAGACUCGCACUUCGAAAACAAUGAAUUGUUUUCUUUGGAGAUUAAAGUGAAGUCAAGUUCUUUGCUGCAGAUCGACCGCCUCAGAUUUGAAGCAAAUUCUUUUAUAACCUCUGUUUUUGAAUGUCUGGCUUUAUUUUUCCUCUUCGGUUCUCCUGGCGGAAAAGGUAAUCAGAUACUGGUGCAAAACUCUACCUUUGAGAACAAUGUGCAUAUCUUGGGUAGGAUUGCAUUGAUACGUCUGCCAUCCGAUCAAAUAGAUCCUUCUGCUUGUCACAUGCCCAACUGGAUUUACAAAAAUUACGUGACAUUUACGGGAGUUCUCUUCCGAAACAACAGCCGCGAAUUUUCCAUUACUUUGCGGUUACAAAACGGUUGGUAUGUUCUAAAAAACUGCCAAUUUGAUGAAAAUUAUGGACAAUUCUUAGGCUCAAACAUUUUUAUCGGUGAGGGAUCUGCUCAUCUAGAGCUCAUCAACUCAUCGUUUGAGUUAGCGCAGAUGGAAAAAGUUUCGCCUAAUUUUAGAGGAUUCAUAUACUUUGCAAGCUCCGGAUCCAUAAAACUUGUAAACACGCGUCUUUCUGUACAGGCCUUUCAAGACAUUGACUCUUACUUAAUGAUCACAAAGUCAAGCUUUUUACGUAUUGACAAUUCAACGAUCAUUCAAUGCCCUCUUGGGACGGUAAAAAAAUUAUCAAAUUUCUCCCAUCAUCAAUUUAUUACAAACCAGGGCUGUCCAUAUGGGAUUUUCAUCGCUAGUUCGCAGUCUUUCACUUAUUCUUGUAAACGGUGCGCACCAGGAUUUUUCAGCGUUGAACCAUUUGCAGAAAAAUGUCGACCCUGCCCAUACGGUGGCAACUGCACAGAGAAUAUCGCUGCUAAACCCUCUUUCUGGGGAUUUCCCCUACACUCGGACCAUGGAUCGGUUAACUUUCAGCAAUGUCCAGCUGACUACUGCUGUCCUCAUCACAAUGUUAGCUGUCCAUACGACAAUCUACGUUAUCUGUCAACGGGAUGUUCUGGAAACCGUAUUGGUGUUCUCUGUGGAUCGUGUAAACCUGGUUUCACAGAAACUCUCUUCUCUGCACAAUGCCGAAAAAGUGUCGACUGCACGGAUUACUGGUUCUGGUUCGUUGCUUUGUUUUACAGCUUAUCAUUUGCCUUCUUUCUUCUGUGGAAGACUCCCGUCGUAAAUGUGGUAAAGAGGCUGUUUCCGUGGGGAAAGCCAAGCCUUGCCGGCCACCACUCUGCAAACAACUCAGAAUUGGUGGACGGUGGAGGCUACCUCAAAGUCAUUUUCUAUUUCUAUCAGGUCGCCAGUUUAGUUUUAGAGUCCAAGAACACUGAGGUGUAUUUAUUAGAAAACUACCUGUUACGGUCCGUAAUCGGUUGGUUCGACUUCAAAGCAAUUAGCUCAAAGGACGGUUUUAUUUGCCCAUGUCCAGGACUUACAGUGGUUUCAAAGAUGUUCUUGCAGGCUUCCCAAGUUUUUGCCGUGCUAUUUUGUAUCCUAUCUAUUUUCCUUACCCACGGAGCUCUAAGAAACUUUCACAAAAAAUCCCCGGUCUUUCCUCCCACAGGACAGUACAUGGCAGCCGCAACAGACUGCUUCUUGCUAGGAUACUCAACACUGACAAGAACAACUCUAAAGGCGUUGAACUGCGUCCCGUUGCAAUCAACUUCGCGUUUCUUCUGUGAUGGAAAUAUCCAUUGCUGGCAGUGGUGGCAAAAGCUAUGCGGCGUUUAUAUUAUCGUUGUUGUAAUACCCUUUAUCUUUGUUCUGUAUCGCGGGUCCAAACUGCUUCACGGUAAUGGGAUAUCGGCAAAGCAGUUUUUGUUCGCAUGCCUGUUUCCUUUGCCGUUUGCCUUUCAUUGGAUGAUUUCCUGCAAGAAGGUUUCUCUUAGCCAGGCAGAAUCUCUUCAACAGGUUAACGGAGAAGACCGUCCUUUGAUUCCUGCAGAUCGCAGGACAAGAGAUUCCUCCUCCCGUAAUCAAAUAGCAGAGGUCGUUUACGGACCUUUCAAGCAAUGUAUUGACAACAAGGGUUCUUGUACUGUUUACUGGGAGAGUGUUCUCAUUGGUCGACGUCUGAUACUAAUUUCUCUGAACACUUUUAUAGUCCCUCCUUUCAUUCGAAUGGUUUGCUUAACUUUUGCGUGUGCUUUCAUCCUUGCACAUCACUUAUGGAAGAGCCCGUUUAAAGACUCUCGAGUCAAUUACGCAGAGACAGUCUCCUUGACCGCCCUGCUUGUUCUCGUAGGUAUCAAUAUGGCAUUAGGUACGUUUGCUACUAGUGGAGAGAUCCUGUCAGACCAGGAACGCAUCUGUUUAACGGUUUUGCAGGUAGUUCAAGUUAUCAUUCUUGGAAUAAUCCCUGUGCUGUUUAUUCUUCUCAUAGUGGUUUCUCUCUUGUGGCAGUUGCUAAAGAUUUGCAAACUAUGC